AUGGGCUACAUGCCUGGAGUCGCUGAAUGCGCGCUGAAAGACAACUGUUUGGUCUAUGCUGACAUACGCGGCUACCAGGACAAGGAAUCGCGAGCCCCUAUGACGGACAAGUCACUUUUUCGCUGCCACUCCAUGACGAAGCCAAUCACGGCUGUAGCGAUGAUGGCGUUGUGGGAGGAGGGCAAAAUUGGCUUGGAUGAUCCGGUCCACAAGUACAUCCCAGCCUUUCGUCACAUGAAGGUGGUCAAAGGCAAGUCCUGCGAAGAUGCGUGUCGUCCAAUCACACUCCGCCACCUGGUGACCCAUACCUCUGGCCUCGGCUAUGGUCCUUCUCGAGAGCGGAAGUGUGAGAAGCUGGACAAGGGCCUCUACACCCCCUUCGUAAAGCGCGUCGAUGCUGGGAUAAUUUCGAACUUGAAGAGCUUCUGCGAUGAGCUUGCCACAUUCCCACUUCAAUUCCAUCCGGGAGAGAGGUGGGAGUACUCCAUGGGCAUGGACGUUCUGGGUCGCGUGGUCGAGGUGGUGUCUGGUAUGCCGCUGGAUCGGUACUUCCGGAAGCGCAUCUUCAAGCGGAUCGGAAUGAAGGACACGGCCUUUUCUGUCAGCGCUUUCCGCGCGCGACGCCGCUUGACAGCCUACUAUGUAACAAAAGCGCGUUCAAAGCACAGAAAGACCAAGCUGCCGAACAAGUUCUCGGCAAGACGCGCUGAUGGCCGCCACGCCCAAUUCAGCGCCUGGGUGCGUGGGCGGUCGUUGCGGGUCCUUUCUGGAGGUGGCAUUUGCGGAUCCUUCGCAGGCGGACUUUUGUCAUCACUCAGGGACCAAGCCCUCUUUUGUGCAGCGUUGCUCAACGGAGGCUAUUCGCAUGCUACGUCCCGACGAGUGCUGAAGUCUGGCACAGUGAGGUUGCUUUGCCGGGAUUGGCUCCGGAUGAAGUCUGUGGCUGACAAGCAUGUCCUGCCUGGAUGGGGCAUGCAUUCCAUGGGAAUUGGAUGGUGUCCUGUCGGCCAUUGGCUGCCUGAGCGCCAUGAGAUGUUUAUGGGCGGCAUCACUACAUCCUGGUCCAUAAAUUUCAGCACCAAGAUCAUCCAAGUCACCAUGACUUCCAGCUCCUGUGAUGCUGAUGUGCACGGGUGGGACGACCGAAGGGAUGACCUCGACGGAUGCAUCAAGCAUGCGCUGAAGGUGUGCCAAAGAAAGCAAAAGCGCUCGUGCAAGACCCUCUUGGGGAGCUCCAGAAAGUUCAAACGGUCGCGCGCUUGA